AUGGCUUUCAAGCGCAUUUCUUGGUCAGUUGUCAUCACCUUGAUAUUAGGAACUUGGUUAAAAAUUGGUGCGGCAGAAACGGAACCCAUUGAUAGUAAAUUCAUUGAUGGCAUGAUUGAAAGUUUGCAAGAUGCUCUUGCUUACUAUAAGCGAGAUCUUCCUGAUCUAAUUGUCGAUACUGCCUUUUGCCUAUUUCAUACCAAAGAGAUAUUACAGGCGACGUUGGAUGAAAGUGCUGCUGGCGAAACUAUUUUAAACGACGAUCAAGUAGAAAAUAUACGCGAUGCCUUAUUUGACACCGACGAAGUUUUACAAGUAACCAUUCCCAACAUGAACUAUAGUACAGAAGAUAUAACUCAUUAUGCUAAGUUAUAUUCGAUGCCUAUGGCAAUACCACAAAAUAUCUACUACCUCAAUGGCACUUCCAAAGCGUCAUUGAAUCAUUCACAUUCUACCGAUAAUAUAUCCGAUCAAUGUGUAUGGGAGCUAAUAGGCAGUUGGCCUACGUUAGAUUCCAAUCCUUGCCAAAUCUCAGGGAGACCGACAGCGACGCAGUGGGAUUAUACGCUAGAAUAA